AUGACGAACGAAGCAGCAGCAGCAGAAGAAGAAGCAGUGAUAAGGAUAUUCGUGGGAGGAUUGGGAGAGAGAGUGAGUAGCGAUGACCUGCACAACAUAUUUUCAUCGAACAAGAGUUUGGGUUUAGGGAUUCAAUCAAUGGAAAUUAUCAGAAGCAAAGGCCGCUCCUUUGCUUACAUCGAUUUCCUGCCUUCUUCUAACAACUCCCUCCUCAAGCUCUUCAACACCGGUGGAAAGCUUAGGCUUGAGAAUGCCAAAGAGCAUUAUCUUGCUCGCAUGACGCGUGAAUGGGCUCAAGAUCAAGAGGCUCUCCUUUCCACUCCUAGUCUUCAUGUUAAUGAUGAUCAUGCUCAAGAUGAUCCCACCAACAAGAAGCAGCCCAUUUCUGGAAAGCCCAACGGCAAACAGCUCCUUUCAGAAAAUAAGCAACUUCGCCUCUUCUUCCCCAGAUUAGGAAAGGUGCAGUUGAAAUCAAUACCUUUUAGUGGAAGUGGCAAACACAGGUACAGUUUCAGACGCGUUGAAGUACCUCCUCUUCCCAAGCAUUUCUGUGAUUGUGAAGAACACUCUGGUCCUCCUCCUCCAGCUAAACACAGACACAUUCCUACUAAGGAAGAACAGGGUGCCGGGCUGGAUGAAGAAGAACUCAAUUUGAUGAGUUCUGUGAUGAAUAAGCUCUUUCAGAUGGAAAACGUUUCAGACAAUGCAUGCCAUGAGGUUGAGCUGGACAAGCAAGGAGAUGAUUCCAUCAAAACAAAUGAUAAUCUGCCAAUUGAAGAGAAUGAAGCUACUGAAGAAGAUGAUGAUGAUCUCAUAAUUAACAUUGCGAGUGGGGCACAGGAAGCCAUCUUAACUGAUCAGAAAUCAAGAUUCAACAUAAGGCAAACUUCUAAAGAUGAACUGUCUCAAAAUGGGCUCAAAAAGCAGAAAAGAAACACUGCACCGUUUAACAUGAAGAGGAAAACAGACGAAAUAACUGCACUCCGUGAGAUUGAACUGGACAAGCAACCAGAUGAUUCCAUCACAACAAAUGGUAGCCCGCCACUUGAAGAGAAGGAAGGAGAUAUCGAUGAAGGUGACGAUAACCUCAUAAUUAACAUGGCUAGUGGAGCCCAGGAAGCCAUCGUAGCUGAUCAGAAAUCAAGAUUCAACAGUAGGCAAACCUCUAAAGAUGAGCCGUCUAAAAAUGUUCUAAAAAAGCAGAAAAGAAACACUGCACCUGCGAACAAGAAGAGGAAAUCAGUUCUACAUGAAGAUAAUAAUACAACUGAGCCAAUGCCUGCUAUGCCUGGAGGUAAUGGGAGUUUGCUGGGACAGCAAUCCAAAUCUGAUAAUGCAUCAGAAAGGUUGCCAGGUCAUUCAUCCAGUAAGGAAGAGCUAUCCAAAUCUGAUAAUUUGCCCAGCUCUAGGGACAGUGAGAACAAUAAUUCCUUGCUGCAAGAAAAUCAAAAUGACCAUUUUGGCAGCAUAAAAGAAGUGGGAGGGCAUGCAGAAGCUCAGUCUACAAAACCGGAUUCUGCUUCAACUAAGCCAGGCAGAGGUUAUGCAUGGCUCAGCAAAUCCUCAUGGACACAAUUGGUCGCUAAGAAUAACAGCAAUGCUUUCAGUAUCUCACAAAUCUUGCCAGGUGUUACUUUUGGAAACAUAGAGCCAUCAAAACCUGAUGGCUUGGAAGUUACCAAGUCUAGGAAGAGUACACAUGAUAUAUUUAAGAAGAGCAAUAUUGAUCCUACCUUAGAUGGAACGUCAGAUUUCGGGGUCAGAAAGGAGCGUAACUUACAAAAUACAGUAACAAUGAGCCAGCAGAUUGAAGUAGGCAAUACUGAGGUUUCUGCUCCAGUGGUGGAGAAGAAAAGCAAUUCAGCUCUGAAGCAAACAAAUUUGGGAGAUGUUUCCAUUGGAGAAACUUGUUCAUUUAUGAGGACUGCGGCAUCAGUGAAAGAAUGGUCACGUGCCAAAGCAGCUCUAAGCAGAUCACGAAAGAGAAAAAACAACGAGAAGUAG